AAUUCAAAAAUAAACAAACAAACAUAAUGUAUAAAAGUGCGGUCAAGAGCAUGAUUGGGCAUCAGUCGCAAAGGCAAGGUGAUCGAAUACAAAUCAAAACAAAAAUGAAUAAAAUCAUUGCAAUUUUUCUGGUAGCCUUAGGCAUAGUGGUUGCCUUGGGUGCUCCCAGUGGCAGUGGCGAAGAGAGCAAAGGUUAUCAACUUUUCGAAACGGUAGCCGGGAAAUUGCAAAAAUCCGUUUGGUCCGAAGAAAUCUUGGGCACAUUUGAGGAAUAUUUAAAUGUCCUAAAAGAGUGGUCGGAAUCUGAUGAAAAUCUCCAAACAUCCUCAAUCUAUAAUAAAUUUCAUGAACAACUUAAAAAAUGCUCCGAAGAACUUCAAGAUCUCAAAGCCCAACCGGAUAAUUGUGCCAAACAAUUGGCAUUGAAGGAGACGCAUGAGGAGAUACGCCAUCUUUUCGAUUCAGUCGAUGAUGAAAAGUUGAGACGUGAUUGGGUCAAGAAGUACAUGAAUGCGUGCCAAUGCGUUCGAUUAGCAGAAAUUCCAAUGAACAAUUCUUUGCAUUCCUCAAGGAAACUGUGGAGAACUAUUUAAAUGGAGUUGAUAAUUCGGCUCAGUCGGAAGAUCUUGUCGAGUGGCAUAAGAAAUUUGCCCAACAAACGGACUAUGUUAAACAACAGAAAAUGGUAAUGGUAUUUAUGG